CAACUCUCUAUCCUUUGAGCACAUCCCCAAUUCUAACACUCAACACACUCUUUUUUCUUCAUACCUUCCUAUGCAAUCCAUACCAGUCACCAAUUUCAUCCGAAAAUGACUCAUCAAGAGAGCAACAUAUCCCAGGGCGGUGAGGGCCAUGGCCUUGUCGACGGAGUCGCAGCUCUAUCUGUCACUUCGCCCAACGCAGCGUUCGGAAAUGGUAGCAAAGAACCUGCGGACUCAGCCUCGCAAUUAUCCCAAGAGACAGGAAACCCAGCUUCAGUACAAUCACGCACUCCCCGGCCGCUAUGGAAUACCCCAGAAGGCAGGAUCGCAGGGUAUCGACGCAUGAUCGAGAAGAAUCGUGCUCCAGACCAGCGUGCUAAUGUUGAGGCACUGAUCCGCUAUUAUGAAGAGGGAGGCAAAGUUCCUGAAGGGCAGGAAGAGGUGUGGGCAAUUGACGGGGAGGCCUCCUUUGGUAUCAGAGACUACAGGACAAAUCCUGACCAGAGACCCGAGGGAUGGGAGUCUAAGCUUAGGUUUUGUGAUUCCUCAAAGUACUAUCAAAUUAACCGAGUUAGUGAGCCCGAUUCCAGGCUUGCUGAUGCGGAAGGGAGGGUUAUUUUGUAACAAGAUUGGUCUUAUAAUCGGCGAGAAAGUAGAAAUUGAGGUGGAUUGACAAUCUAUCUGGAUUCGUUCUCAUUUUGUAUACCCUAGGGUAUGUACAAAGAGAUACAUUGACAACCUAUCACUGACACAUAUGGCGAUUACGGAGAUGAAGGACCUGUCCUCAACGAAACAUGAGCUGGACUGCUGAGAGAGAAAUCUGAAGCGAGUGUGUCCAGCGACAGCGAAGGUGACGAAUAUCAUGUGUGAGGAACCUGAAUCAAUAUCGUGUGUG